GUGGGGUUUUUCCCGUUUCAGUUUCGAAUCGUUCUUUACUUCUAGGAAUGUGGGGUUUUUCCCGUUUCAGUUUCGAAUCGUUCUGACAGUUCUUCCUUUCUUCAAGGAACGACUCCUCGCCAUUUCUUUGUCAGCAAGUCUUAAACUCUCGUUUUGGGGAGAGAAUUUUGCCACUAUAUCAAAAUUUGGCCGUCAGUAUGAAUCAACCGCCUCGCAAAAGUGACUUGGUAUGAUUUAUUUCGUUCGUUUCUUUAAAAACUUAAAAAUCUGUACCUAAGUUGUAGGUCUUCGAAUGUUUGAGGACGCCAUUUUUGUCUUUAUUAGUGUUACUGUGUUCUUAAUUGGUACGACGAAAGUCAAAGUGAGAAGAACACUAUUUAAAUGAGUCUAAGGCCCAGUUCAGACGUCGUGCUUCUGCCGUGCCGAACUUAAUUGUAAUUUGGUUCGACUGUAGCACGGCAGGAAAACAACUUUGAUUCAGACGUCGUGCCAGAGUCGAACCAAAUUCAGGAUUUGCUGAUGCCUCGUAACAAUUCUUCUCCCAACUCCCCGUGGCAACGCAAUCUCGCCAAAAUACAUUAAUAUAAUUUUGUUUAGCGCGGCAGAAGCACGACGUUUGAAUCGCUGCCGUGCCAGAGCCGUGUAGCACGGCAGCGCUUGUCGAACUUAAUUGCUUGCCGAACUUAAUUCAAAAGUUUGAUUCAGACGCCGUGCUUCUGCCGUGCUUUUGUCGAACUUAAUUCCUGAAUUUAGUUCGGCACGGCAGAAGCACGACGUCUGAACUGGGCCUUACAAAUGUUUUUUCAAUCCAUUUUUAGAUUUAACUGAGGCCAAGGUGUUCAAGUUCACAAAUCUGACAAAUCGAAAACAUGGUUCGACUUGAGUCAAAGGAGCGGUUGAACCACUUAAAGUUUAGCAUCAUUGUCUUUGAUGAAUUUCCCAAAGCCUUACGUCAAACUUUUAAGGUGAUGUGGGACAAAAAAUUUAGACGGAAUCAGCGGGACGACUCCGAUGCUGUGAGAAAAUUAUUACACAGAAAUGAAUUCGGCAACAAGGGCAUUCCUACACAAAAGUCAUAUGAAGAGUGGGAUUGUACAGCGCUGUUUCAAGCCACACUCUAUGCAAAGUCCUUCCGUUCACCAGACGGUACGGGUAACCUUAAAACACUCGAUGAGCUGUAUGUGAAGCCGCGUGGAGUCCCUCAUGGACAGUUUCAUGGCUCUGUCAUCAGUGCAAACGGAGACCCCUAUGAAACAUUCGCGCUCUCUAUCGACCAGCUAAGACGCCUCAGAAAUUCACUUUGUCAUUCUACCAGUACAGAGCUGGAUCAAAACAUGUUUGACCAUUACGUUAAUCUCGCCAAAGAUGCAUUCGAAGCCCUUUCAGUUAAGACGGACUCAAUUGAUGAGACUCUGCACGCGGAACUUCACACCUUGAGAGCAAGAGUUCUGACAUGCGCAUUUUUUUUUUUGCCCCAUUUAGGGGGUGUAGACCAUAACAGUUUGCUUUAGCGACUAAUCCCAUGAUGCAUCUUGACCGGAUGUGCACCAUAAUAACAAACAAGAUGGCGGACCACUAACGAACUCUAACGAGUCUUUUUUUCACCUAAAGUAAUGAACGUAAUGCAUAUAUACGCUACAAAACAUCAGAUUGACUCAUUUUAAUGUAUUUAUGAGUAAAGGAUUUCCUAUUCUUCAAUUUUUCGGCAGGUAUGUGCAGGUAUGUACGCUUCAUUCUUGAGAUCCCGGACUCUAUAGGAGUUCGCGGGACUUUUUAAUUUGAAUUUUAUACAGUUCAAGAAUGUAUGAAAAUAAACAAAAUACAUUUUAAAUGCCAUUUUUUGAAAAAAAAAAAAAAAACAAACCAGCAAGCAAGAAAGAAAUAGAUAGAAAAGGACUCACCUUGUGUUUGUGUUGUGUGAUUUACUUUCAGUUCACCUCUAGAGCCAUUAUUAAGUUUUACAAUAUGUAGAUUUUGAGUUUAUAAUAGGCCAAGUAAAAAAAAGUUUCUCGUCCCCACCUGCUUUAUUUUUGGGGGGCUGCCUCCCUUUUCUAUUAUUUGUUAUUGAAAAAGUUGGACUGAACAAAAGUCAUUACUUUCAACACUGUUACCCAAAAAUCAAUAUCUUGACGGCGACAGACUCCAAGUUAUCCCUGGGAGAGGGUUAAAAUUUGUAAAGAAAGAAUACCGAGAAUUGGUAAUAAUAAAGUUAAAAAGUGCCCACUGCUCUCUUUGUUAAAGAAAUCCGGACAAGACACAUUUCUUUUUUUGCUUGGCCUUUAUUAACAACCUGAUAAAAAGUCUUCCAAAUGGUCCUAGAAUCAAACAGACUGUAAAACACACAACACAAACACAAGGUGAGAGAGCGGCUGUACACAAACUAAAGUAUAUGUAUGAGAUCACAUGCCAUGUGUGACAUCACAAUGCCUCAAACAGUUUGGUUGGUUUGCCUGUGUACAAACUUUCUUCCUUGAGCUUAUUGCGUUUGCACUUUUUGACAUACAAGAAAAACAAAACUUAAUUUCCAUCCUAGUGUUGAUUGUCUCUCAGACAGUUGCAAAAGCAACCGGGCUAAGUUUAUUUUGUCGUGGUUUUCUUGUUAAGCAAUGGCACUGACACCAACCAAAUUGAUUGAAAUUAGCUCAUUAGCGUAGUGUUCUAUUCUUGCUGACAUUCAUCAACACACAAGGUAAAUUUCAACAACGUUGUAAGUCUCUCUCCGCAAGGCCUUCACCCUCUUAAUUGCUUCACAAGGAACAAUAAUUUGACAGUUUGAAAAUGAUAUGGUCUUUGAUUCGGUGCAUCAAAUGUCUCUUCAUAAUUUGGUGUGGUAGCACAGGUAGCCCAAGCUCGAGAUAUGAGCAUCGGUGAGCAUCGGCAUUGUUGCAUAACAUUCAAAAUAUAAGGAUUUGUAUGGGAAAAAAACCUAUCGUUUCUUUAACCUACGGAAGUGAAAGGAUUCACAAUAAAAAACAGCUUACCUUACUUAAAAUGUGUGUUGCGUCUCUCCUGUGUGGUCCACGGGCAGAUUUAUGGCCGUUUUAUGGGUUUUUAUGUGAACGGUUUUCUCUCUAUAUAAAGGUUUAGGUAAACCUUUAUAUCAGACACUUGAGAUAUAGCGAUGUAACAUUAACUUUAUUUACUUUAUUUCAAGGCAUAUCUUAAGUUAAUCAUCUCUGUUUCUGGACUAGUAGAUGACAGAGAAAACUCUUUAAUUAUAAUAAUAAUAAUAAUAAUAAUUAGUAAUUUAUUAAUAUUACUUUUUACUAAUAUCAUUAUAAGUAUUAUAUAUACAACAAAGUGGCUAUACAUCAGGCCAGUUAAAAAGUGCCAAAAUCAAUGUAAAGUUGACCAGAAAAUUCCAAUCGACAAUCUUUGUUACAGGGCCCAGUCUUGCACUUCCUUCUGUCCAUUUUUAAGAUCCUCAAAAUUUUCCUGAAACAUUUACCACUGAAAUGAAACAUCGUACACCCAUUAAUAAUUGACAUUGACAGGAUCAUAUAUCACUUUUUAAGUAGAUAUUUUUUUUUGAACGAAACGUGCAUUGCAUUUUGCCACUAAACUAAAUUCCACGGAUAUUCAAAAAUGUAAAUUGUGUUUGGGUACCCUCCUAUGAUGUUAAUGAAAUCUGUACAAUCUUUGUUACCAAGCAGAAGAGGAGGAUGUUCCAAGGGUCCAUCCUUUACGAGUAGAAUUCAUUGGACGAAAAAAUGAAUUUGCUUUAAAUUUGCUCAUGUGCAAAAGUGUGCAAACUAAGGGUAAAAUCUGCGCAAAGGUG